AUGUCGUCUCGUGCCAUCAGAAAGCUGCAGAAGCUACGCGAACAGCAGCAGCUGGAAGAAGAACACGAUGACUCGAGUGACAAUGAAGCCCCACGCCCCGCUAAGCCAAAGUUCAACGCUUUCGAUCUUCUCAAUGCCGGCGAUGAUGAGGAUGAAGAGUCAGGGGAGGAGGCUCCGGAGCCUAUAACGCAAUCUCAAAAAGAAGAAAAGAAGGCCAAGAAGGCCAAAGCAAACGCAGCUACCGAGUCAAAUUCCAAGCCAUCUGACGAUGUAGAGCUGGACGAAAUUGACAGAGCUUUGAAGGCUCUGGCCACGGAUGGACAAAACUCGACUGGUGCUGAUCUAUCAGCGAACACACAAGUCAGUCGAGAUGCCUCAUUCCCUAAAACCACCGAUGAGCUACUCGGCGUUGAGCCAAAAUUCCUCAACGCAACGAACGAAAUGCGGCGGCUAUUCGGAAAUGUGGUUUUGGAAAAUUUUGACCAGCAAGAUGCAGGUUCGGGCCGCAGACGGGACCGCAAUCGCGAAACAGUCGACCUUGGUCAAGCUUUGACCGGAAGAUAUAGCCCCGCCAGCAGAGGCCAAAGUCUAGCUGGUGUUACAUUACGCCGAAAUGUCCUUAUGCAAGGAAAGGACGAUUGGCCACGCGCACCAAGCGGAGGUCUAGGCAUGGAAAUUGUCGAGAAAAAUCCUCUGGGCAAUACUCUUUACAAAAUCGUGCACAAUGCGUCCUACCAGGAUGUACAAAACCAAUUCGACCUCUGCGUCGAGUCGAUGGACCCACAGCGGUUGAUUCAUCACCUCCAGUACAACCCCUACCAUAUCUCUACUCUUCUUCAAGUCUCCGAAAUCGCCAAACAUCAAGGCGAUCAUGCGGUUUCCGCCGACCUUUUGGAAAGAGCGUUGUUCAACAUCGGGCGUUCCGCCCACUCAUCCUUCAACAACCGACUCAGGGAAGGCCAAGCCAGGCUUGACUUUAUGAAGUUUGAGAACCGAGAAUUGUGGCUUGUUGGUUGGAGAUAUAUUGCCAACUUGGGCAUGAAGGGAACAUGGCGGACCGCAUACGAAUGGGCAAAGCUUCUUCUAAGCUUGAAUGACUCCGAUCCGUACUGUAUCAGACUCUUGGUCGACCACCUGGCUUUGCGUGGCCGAGAGUAUGCGCAAUUCGUCGAUAUGUGCACCCAGACUCGCUUUAGCCACGACUGGGCCGAUUUGCCUAACAUCCAGUGCUCACUGGUGAUGGCUUACCUACGUCUAAAUAGACCUCAGGACUGCCGCCGGCAACUGCACCAUGCUAUGUCUCGUUACCCGUGGGUGUUUAGUAGACUCGCACAGGAAUUGGAUCUUUCACACAUUCCGAAGCAGAUCUGGGGAAAGAUGCCACCAACCGGGACUCAUGAGCUCCUCACAGAACUCUACAUUACUCGUGCAAAGGACUUGUGGAAUACACCCGAAGCUGUAGCUCUUAUCAUGGAAGUCGCCGACACCCUCUCCGGCGAGGAGCCAAUCGAGCCACCGGAGAUUACUCUUGAUAUUGCUCGUCAUGUCGUUCUAUCCGACAUCCCGAAGGUGACAACUCACCUACCAACCCGCUUCGUGUCGGGCCGAAUGUCCUCGUCAGACCCUCUCCCUCCUUACGAGUCAGACGCUUUCCGUCAGCAGUCCGACCCAACUCCUACAUAUCUCUCCCGGAUCCCAGAAGGCGGGCGACCGCAAUGGCUUCGCGAUCUCAUGGGCCAGAUCAACGAUGGAGCCAUUGCCUUUCCCCGUUUCCAAGGUGGUGACGAGGAAGGCGGCGAUGGCGAGCACGGUGAAGUCGCAGAUGCACGUGCGGAUGCCCGAGCCCGUGCAUUGGAUGGCGACCAGCAAGUUCUUGAGCAAUUGCUCCUAGGAGAUGCUUUGGACUCUCUGCAGAUGUUCCUGCAUCAGCACGGAGUUGAUCGGGGUAAUUGGGGAGAUGUGUUAGACUAUGCUCCACUGACGGAUUUCCUGGAGACUCUCGGGGCAAUCGAGCCUGAGGAGCAUCGUCAAGAAUUGCUGCAUGGCCCCAUUCAAGGUGUUAUUGGUGAAAUCGCAGUCACCAUGCUUGAGGAUGAGUUGGAGAUGAUGGAAGAAGAGGGCAUGUCUGAAAACAGUGAUGUAUAG